AUGCCUGCCGGACCAUUUCCAUAUCCCUUCCUUGGAAACAUUCCUCAAAUCAUGUCUGCACAUGCAGCCAGACCAUUUGAUAUACUAGCUGAGAAAUAUGGAGAUAUUUUCACUGUUACUUUUCCAAUCGGCAACGCUAUUAUCUUAAAUACAGCAUCCCUAGUACGUGAAGCAAGGCUUACCCCCGGGAGACGAGAAGAUCUUGUGGGGAAAUUGCCGGAGUCUUUGUAUCCUUUUGAUGAGAUAUUGGGUGGUGUUUUCAGCACACGUGAUUACUCACCCGAAUAUCUUUUUGAGAAGAAAGUGUUCGUAUCAGCAAUGCAUAUUUUUGACGCUGGGAUAGAGCAGGCAUCGGUCCGUGCUGGUCACGCUGUUGACGUUGUGAUGAAAGAAAUCGAAAAUGAACCAGGGAGAUCUUUUUCUCCUAAAAAUAUCCUCGAAUUCUCCAUAGUGAUACACCUUUGGCAAUGGCUUACAUCAAACGACAUAACGCUGGACGACAAAAUUGUUAAGGAAAUCAAUGAAAUCUCCUCGAUUAUCAGCAGACAAGCAUUGUUUAGUACAGUGUAUCAGUUACUGCCGAUCCUGUGUUACUUACCAUCGAAACUUACUCAAGAAAUAAAGCGAACAAAACAGAUCAGAGAGACGAUUUUCCCGAAGGAAUACCAAGCGCAGCAGGAUAGUUAUAUUCCAGGCACCAUAUACGAAAUCUCACAGAUAGUUUCAUCAGUGCUUAUGAAAAAGAAUUUGCCAAAGAGACAAGGAAAUAUAUUGGUUCGAAAGAUACUGCUAUUCCUGGUUUGA